CUCAACAAAUAAAGAGUUUCUUUUUCACUUCCUUUUCUCUUCUUUAACUUCCUUGAUUCCUGUAUUUGUCUCUUCUUUGAUCCAAAGGUUGCUGCUCUCUUUCUUCUCGACCAGGUUUACUCUUAACCGGACUCUCUUUCUCUCUUCAAAUCAAAAUCUCUUUGGAUACUAUCAAACGAAACUGCAUAGAUGGAUCAAAAAGUAAGACAGUUUGAGGUUUGCACUCAAGAUGGAAGCGUUGAUCGUCACGGUAAUCCAGCAAUCCGAGCCAAAACCGGCAAAUGGCUCAGUGCUAUUCUCAUUCUUGUGAACCAAGGGCUUGCAACGCUUGCCUUCUUCGGUGUAGGAGUGAACUUAGUUCUGUUUCUGACGAGAGUGAUGGGACAAGACAAUGCAGAAGCUGCCAAUAGUGUCAGUAAAUGGACAGGAACUGUUUACAUCUUCUCUCUGCUUGGUGCUUUCCUCAGUGACUCUUAUUGGGGACGCUACAAGACUUGUGCAAUCUUCCAAGGAAGUUUCGUUGUGGGACUGGUGAUGUUAUCUUUAUCUACUGCUGCUUUGUUACUUGAACCAAGUGGUUGUGGAGUUGAAGAGUCACCGUGUAAGCCACACUCAACGUUCAAGACAGUCAUCUUUUACCUAUCAGUGUAUCUGAUCGCGUUAGGGUACGGUGGUUACCAGCCGAAUAUAGCUACCUUUGGAGCUGAUCAGUUUGAUGCAGACGACUCUGUUGAAGGACACUCGAAAAUCGCGUUCUUCAGUUACUUCUACUUGGCUUUGAAUCUUGGAUCGCUCUUGUCGAACACCGUCUUGAGUUACUUUGAGGAUCAAGGAGACUGGCCUUUAGGGUUUUGGGCGUCUACAGGCUCUGCUUUUGCAGGUUUAGUACUUUUCUUGACUGGCACGCCAAAGUACAGACACUUUACACCUAGAGAAAGUCCUUGGUCUAGAUUCUGCCAAGUCUUGGUUGCUGCAACAAGAAAAGCCAAGAUUGAUGUGAACUAUGAGGACAUGAAUCUCUACGAUUCAGAGACUCAACGAACCGGAGAUAAGAAGAUUCUUCACACCAGUGGCUUCAGAUUCUUGGAUAGAGCUGCGAUAGUUACGCCUGAUGAUGAUGCUGAGAAGGUGGAGAGUGGAUCAACUUACAAUCCAUGGAGGCUCUGCUCGGUGACUCAAGUUGAAGAAGUGAAAUGUGUGUUCAGACUCAUACCAAUCUGGCUCUGCACCAUUCUCUACUCUGUGGUUUUCACUCAGAUGGCUUCACUCUUCGUUGAGCAAGGCGCAGCGAUGAAAACAAACAUCAAAGACUUCAAGAUUCCAGCUUCAAGCAUGUCUAGCUUCGACAUUCUCAGCGUCGCCUUCUUCGUCUUCGCUUACAGGAGGUUUCUAGAUCCUCUCUUUGCAAGGCUUAACAAAACAGAACCCAACAAAGGUCUCACCGAGCUUCAGAGAAUGGGGAUAGGUCUUGUGAUUGCGAUAAUGGCGAUGAUAUCAGCAGGAAUAGUGGAGAUAUACAGGCUGAAACACAAGGAAACUGCUUCAAACUCGAGCUCGUUGAGCAUAUUCUGGCAAGUGCCUCAGUACAUGAUGAUAGGUGCAUCAGAAGUGUUCAUGUACGUUGGUCAGCUUGAGUUCUUCAACAGCCAAGCUCCAACGGGGUUAAAGAGCUUUGCAAGCGCCCUAUGUAUGGCGUCAAUAUCGCUUGGGAACUAUGUAAGUAGUCUGCUGGUUUCCAUCGUUAUGAGCAUCUCUACAAGAGAUGAUUUGCCUGGUUGGAUCCCUGGGAACCUCAACAAAGGACACUUAGACAGAUUCUACUUCCUCUUAGCUGGUCUAACUGCAGCUGAUUUCGUGGUUUACCUGGUUUGUGCUAAAUGGUAUAAGUAUAUUAAGUCCGAAGCAAGUUUCUCUGAGUCCACAUCUGAAGAAGAAGUCUGAGUCAGAGAGUUUUGGGGGUUGCGCUGUGAAGCUAUGGACAGUAAAUAUCCAAAGCUGAGCUUGUUCUGUCAUAUAUUGGUCUAGUGGUUUUCUUUUGGGAUACUCUUUUGUGCAAAGUUUUGUUAAUGUUUAUAAAUAAAGACAAGUUUGUGCAAUUUUUUUUUCUCACAAAAUAAUAAUAUGUUG